AUGGCUUCUAAGGUCACAAAUUCUGCUGCAGUCCGUAUAUGGGCGUUACAUGUCCUUAUAUUCUAUAGUCAUUGACAAUCUGUAUAUGCUAUUAUAGAGUAACUGCCCAACAGACAAUAAUAAUAUGGUUUUUCAAAGACGGUGACAUUACAUAAAUCAUAAACACUAUUUUAUAGGUCUGUUGAUUAGGACCAAUAGUAAAGGCAUUGUUUUAAUGUAAAAAAAUACGAAAAAAUGUUAAUGUCUUUCGAAAUCGAAUAUCUCCAAAAAAAUUAAGCUAUUGAGAUGAACAAAAAACCAAAUUAUCGAGAAAAGACUUACCUAGAUAAUAAAAUUGUUAAAUUCCUGCCUUCGUUAACGUACUCCACAGGGUGCUUCAAACUUUCACCGACAUAUCAACAUUUUGUUUUUCCCUCUUAUAAUUUACAGAUGGCAAUUUUCACUUUUAAUUUAGAAAGAGGUACUAAAAAGUCAAAUAAUUUAGCUAAAAAUUGCUUAAAAUCCUCAAAUUCGGUCCAUUAGAACACAACAUAUAAAACUUUAAAAUACAUGAUAAUUUUAAGGUGCCCUUUUUCGUGCAGGUGAGUGUAUAUUUUUUUAUUUCUCUGUUUUGUAGAACAUGCAUUCUCUUUAUAUCAAUAUAUCUAAAGAACAGCUUCCCAUAGUGUACAGAAAGGAAUAUAAUGUGCGUUUUAUGGGACUGGAAAAACUACAUCCUUUUGAUACGAAAAAAUGGGGAAAUAUUUUUAAGAUACUUACGGAUAGUGGAAUGGUAACAAAAAAGACUGUCGUGGUGCCAAAUGAAGCUAAACAAGAACAUCUCUUGAUGGUGCAUAAAAAGAAAUAUUUAAAAAGUUUAAAUUGUAGUUUUAAGGUAGCCAGGAUAGCUGAAAUAGCUCCUUUGGUUCUAAUGCCAAAUUGUCUAAUACAGAAGGCCUAUUUGAGGCCUAUGAGAUAUCAAACUGGGGGUUCAAUCCUUGCUGGAAAAUUAGCCUUGGAUAGAGGAUGGGCCAUCAAUAUUGGUGGAGGAUUCCACCACUGUUCGUCAUCAAAGGGUGGUGGGUUUUGUGCCUAUGCUGAUAUAACCCUGCUCGUUCAUUUUUUGUUCUACCACUUUCCUCGACAGGUUCAGAAAGUGAUGAUAGUGGACUUGGACGCUCAUCAAGGGAAUGGUUACGAAAAUGAUUUUAAAGAUUUCGACAAAGUUUACAUCAUGGACGUUUACAACAAAUGGAUUUAUCCGAAAGAUGUGAGAGCCAGACAAGCCAUAAGACGUAACGUUCCUUUAGAUUAUUAUACUACCGAUGACGAUUAUUUGACAGCUGUAAAAAAAAAUCUGGUGGAGUCUCUAAACGAAUUUCAACCAAAUUUGAUCGUCUAUAAUGCCGGAACCGAUAUUUUAAUAGGUGACAAACUCGGAGGACUUUCAGUUUCAGCCAAUGGCAUAAUCAAGCGAGACGAAUUCAUUUUUCAACAGGCCAAGACGAGAAAUAUACCGAUAGUGAUGUUGACGAGCGGCGGCUAUCAGAAAAAAACCGCACGAAUUAUAGCUAGUUCCAUAUUAAAUCUAUACGAAUUAGGACUUAUUAACGGCUCUCAAGAAUAUUAUUUUUAACCAUUAUACGAUGUAAAAAAUAAAUGGUAAA